GGGCGCGACUCUCACAAAACGCUCACUGCAAAGUGAACUGCCUCUCCCUCCGCCGCACACAUCCCGCCGCUAACUGCUCCUCGUCGCUGUUCACUCUCGCCAUGUCCGACAACGACGACUACUCCGACGGCGAAGACGAGGUCCCCCUCGCGAAGCGUUCCGGGCGACCGCGCAACGCGACUCCCGCCGACGAUGGACAAUACAGGAUGAAGGGUGCCCUCAAGGCUCCCAGGCCGACGAGCUACACCACACAGGCUCUGUUCGACCAAAUGAUCGCCGGCGACAUUGACACCAACCCUGACUAUCAACGAGACGUCGUUUGGCCGGAGACUAAGCAGAUGGGGCUUAUUGACUCCAUUUUCCGCAACUUCUAUGUACCUCCGCUUAUAUUCUCGGUGACAUACCGGGACGACGGCUCAGAACGUCGCAUCUCAAUAGAUGGCAAGCAGCGGUUGACCUCCAUCCGUAGAUUCAUGCAGGGCGAAAUUUUGUUCAAGGAUCCAAACACAGGCGAGAAAUUCGCAUAUGAAGACAUCGGCGCAUUCAAGGGGAUCAAGGUGUUCUCUGAGCGAUACAGGAAGAUCUUCCGCACGAAGCAAAUUGUAUGCAUAGAGUAUCAAGAUCUCUCCAACUCGAGCGAACGGGAGAUUUUCCAGCGUGUCCAACUUGGAAUGGCACUGACUGCAGCAGAAAAACUGCAAGCCAUUGCGUCGCCAAUGGGCGAUUUCAUCCACGAGCUGCAGGCGCAAUACGUCAACCCGAGCGACGAGCUCGGCCUUAGCUCACUCCUCGACUGGGACGUCACACGAGGGAACGACUUUCGGUGUCUCGUGCAUUCGGCGCACUCAGUCGAGCGGUGGCCAAACGUGGGCACCUUCCCGAGCCCGGAGACACUGCGAAAGUGGCUGGAGCGCAACGAGGAGCCGGUGCCCAAGUUCACCGCAGGCUUGCACCAGACAAUGGAGAUCUUCCUCAUGCUCGCGCGCGAGCAGAACGGGGCGAUGUUUAGGAUGACUGACGUGAAGAAGCUCGCGCCCGCCGAGUUCAUCGCGAUCGUCGUGCUCAUCCACACGUGGAAGGCCAAGCUCAGCGCGAGCGCGUUCAAGAAGGCGAUCCGGGACAUGCGCAAAGGCGUGCGCGAGAAGGAGCACGACAUUCGGACGAACGGUCGCGUGAUGACCUUGCUCUGGGACUUCAUCAAGUCUCUGAAGCCGGAGAGGUACAUGGGCCAGGACGCCACAGAGACGCCGGUAGCGAAGGUGCGGCCGCUGAAGCGGAAGCGUAGGCAGGACGAGGACGACGGGAUGAGCGUGGACAGCGAGGAUAGGAAUCCUCCGGUGAAGAGGAAGGUGGAGGCAAGGGACUAUUCGUCCCUCCCGACUGUCUCCCAAGCGCAUGCCAUGGCGUCCCGCCCGUCCCCUGUACCACGCCCGCCGUCGCAUUCCAGUGGCCCGCCCACGCCUGCGCCCCCUGCUCAAGCACCUCGUACCGCGGCUCCCUAUCCCACACCGCAGGCUCACGACCGACUCGCUGCACUACGGGCGGUCAGAGAGAUGGGGCGAGACAUUCCGAGCUCCCAGUCGCUAUCGCCGUAUCAGCCGUCGCCGGGCGCGCCGUUCUCUCCGUCACAGCAUGUCACAUCGAGUAUCAUGCAGCAGCAGCAGGGGGUCCCGCAGACCGCCGAUGCUGCAAUGGCGAGGAUGGCCGCUCAACAGCUGAUGAACAGCAAUCCUGCGUGGCCUACGCAGCUUCCCGGGACACAAGCCAACGGCCAUUACCAGCCUUCCCAGCAGCCAACACAUCGCUACUAGGUGUGUGUGUGCGCGCGCGUCACCUUUGUUUGUCCGAGUGACGGCCGUUAACCCUGCUGCACAGGCUGGAGAACAUCCUGACUGAUACGAAGAUGACUAUGUACACGAAUGGCUUGGGCCUUGCGCAUUGUAACGUAUAUUUCGUAAUGAUUACCUUCACGUUCCUGUAAGUUCCCGAGCCGUGAUGCAGAGAGAUAUGGACAAUUGGAGUACAAGGAUGCAGA